AUAAGAAUACCUCGACAAAGUCGGUCUCGGAAACACCAAGUUGUUUGUGCUGUGAAACAUUUCCUGUUAACCUGUAUUAGCAAUUAACCGAUUUAAAAUGUCUGGUCCAUCGAGCAAUCCCAGUUACAAGCUGUACUAUUUUAACUCCAGAGCAUUAGCCGAGCCAAUUCGGUAUUUGUUUGCCUAUGGUGGGAUAGCAUAUGAAGAUGUUCGAGUGGAAAGGGAAGACUGGUCGAAAGUGAAGCCGACAAUGCCAAUGGGACAAAUGCCAGUCCUAGAGAUAGAUGGAAAACGAGUCUAUCAAAGUAUUGCAAUUUCACGAUAUUUGGCCAAACAACUUGGUUUAACUGGCGCAAACGAUUGGGAAAAUCUACAAAUCGAUAGUGCUGUUGAUACAGUUAAUGAUUUACGGAAAUUUAUGGCUGCCGCCCAUUUCGAAGCUGAUGAAGCUAUUAAACAAAAGAAAAAGGAGACGCUCCUUAACGAAACGGUUCCAUUUUAUCUGAGUAAAUUGGAAGCACUUGCAGAGGAAAACAAUGGUCAUUUAGCUGUGUCGAAGUUAACCUGGGCUGACGUGUACUUUGUUUCAAUGAUAGAACUGUUCAAAGUUUGGAUUGGACCGGAAUUAUUAGCCAACCACCCGAACUUGACGAAAACAGUCGAAAAUUUUCAAAAUUUGGAUUCUAUUAGGGAUUGGAUAGAAAGACGACCAGUUUCUGAGAUGUGAACGUUUAUGUUGCUGAAAUUAAUAAACAUUUAAUUUACGUU